ACAGUGUCGGCCGAUGGCAGUACGACGCCGGCCGUCGUUGCGAGUGGUUCGUUCGUGUCGCGUUUACUUCGAAAUACAAUUCACACGCUUUUUUUUUCCCUUUUCGCUCGCUUUCCCGCGUUAAAAGCUAUCCAUCGAACUGAUCGUUCGUCAAUGGAAAGAAGCAGAGCAAUUUUAUCUCAAGGAUAUCGAUCGAGAAAAGAAAUUUGAUGAAAAGAACCAAAAGAGAUACUAUUAUAUGGGAGGAAAGCCGUCGAAAGGACAAGGACGAUCGAAGUCAAAUUAUCGAGCGACGUGAUUGACAGGAUAAAACCGAAGCGAACUGUCGCCCGUUGUUGCUGUAAAAUUCUGACGUCAGAGGAUCGUCUCUCUACGUCGUUCUCUACGUCGUCCAUCGCGCGAUCUUUCUUCGCUUAAGGUGAUCUUUGGAUCGAGAGGAACGAUCGAGAGUUUGUCAUAGAGGGUCGACGAGCUUGCACACGGGCUGGAAAUGCGCUUCGUACAUUUCGAGAGGAUCUCUUAGGAGGGAAGAGAGACCGAGUUGAGGAUCGGUCGAAAUAAUGCGAGCGAAGCGCAUCAGAAAGGAAAUCCGCUUCAGAUUGCUCAGGUACCGAGAGUGCGUCGAGUGUCGAAAGAACUCCUGUCCCAUCAACGAGAGACGCCUGAAGGAGAGGGAAGAAGGGACGAACGAGGAAGAGGAGGAAGAGAGAUUGAAAAAGGAAAAAAAUAUAUAUACCCGUGCUUCUUUUUCUCCUCUUGUUUUUUUUUCUUUUUCCUUUUCUUUUUACUUUCUCAACUGGCUGUGAUUUUGACUCAUAGAAAUUGUCGUCUAGCCGUGAACGUGUUCCACGCGUAGAGCCUUUUUUGCAAAGGCUGAUUAAAAAAAAGAUAAGAGGAAAGAGAGAGCGAGAGAGAGCGAGAGAGAGAGCGGGAGAGAGAGAGAGAGAGAGAGAGAGAGAGAAAGAGAUAAAUCAUCAACGGAAGAGAAAGAGGCGAAAAACAAGCGGGGAGAAUUAGAUUCGAAAAGUCCACCUCUCUCUUUCCUAUCCAUGGAUCCUUCGGGAGAGGAAGGAGGAGCUCGAGGCGGGUUAGCUCGAAGGUAACAGGACGAUCGGUUGAACGAUUCUUGAAAACGAGGAAGAACACUGGAGAAGGAGGAGGUCAUGUCCGUUCGCGUGGAAGUUCGACUGAUGCGAAAAUAAGAAAACAGAAAGAGAAAAGAAGAAGAAAAAAAGGAAAAGGAAUAAAGAAACUAGAAGACUUCGACUAGAGUUGUCGUCGAUGUUGUCGUAGACGUUCGAGGACGAAAAAAGUAGAAGAAGAAGAAGAAGAAAAAGGAAAUAGGAGGUGCUUACUGUAACAGAGGCUAACCUUCUUAUUGCUACGUCGUCCGAUUCUUCUUAAGGCCGAGUUCAUCUUUUGUUGAAAAUAGAAAGAGUAAGCGAGACAGACAGACAGACAGAGAGAGAGAGAGAGAGAGAGAGAGAGAGAGAGAGAGAACGCAUCCACCUUCUUCUCUUCUCGCUCUCUCUCCUCGAGUAUACCGAAUUCGAUUUGAGCUGCGAAAAGCUCGAAAGCUUUCGUGAUAGAACGUGACUCUACUUGCUUGUUCGAGGUUGAUGCUGAGAGAGAGAGAGAGAGAGAGAGAGAGAGAGAGAGAGAGAGAGAGAAAGAGAGAGGAUUAGUUCUCUUCUAGAGUCUACAAGAUACCGAGAAGGUGGAAGAUAAAGGAAGAAAAGAAAAGUGAAAAAAAAAAGCAGGAUUGAAAAGCGAAGCUGGAAAAUAUCGACUAGAGUGGACCUAUAGGGAGAUAAAAAUCAAUAAAAAAAAGGAAAAACGAUCGAUAAAGUGGAACCUUGUCGUUCUCGCGAGGGACUCUUUUUUUUUCUCUCCCUCUCCUUUCGAAUUUUCUCUAUGUGAGAAAUCCCAAAAGUAGAAAAUGUCGAAAGGUUUCGUUGCGUGGGCAAAAAUUUGUUAGAUUUUGCCUAUUCAAGGACGAAGAAGAAUAAAAAGGGGGGAAAAAAAGAGGAAGAAAUAAAGAGGAUUUAGGAUGAUUCUAGAAGGACGAUGAUGACGAUCAUGAUGAUGAUGAUGAUGAUGAUGACAACGACGACGAUGACGACGAUGACGACGAUGGUGAUGGCGAUGAUGAUGACGAUGAUGGAUCGGGCGGCAUCAGCGACUAGAAAGCGAGAUUUUUCCGGGGAAAAUAAUUUCCGAUGAAAUCUUUCUGAUCCCUAAAGGUCUCAGGAAGAUCUUUCGUAUUCCCAAAAACAGAAUAUCAAACGUCGAACGUACGACCAAUACGCUCGAUUGUUCUUUCUCUUUUUUUCUUCGAAUACGCGUUCAAGGAAGUAAGGCUCGUGUUAUUUUUUAAGCCCACGCGAGAUUCGAAUUAAGAAGGGAAGUGAUUUUUCUUGUGAAAAGUGCUAAAGUGUACGUUCUUAAUUAAUCGAACGGGAAGCAGUGGAACCCUUAACAACGAGGACAAUUAAUAUUUAUUUAGUGAACGAUACGCGUGUUGCGUCUACGUCGAAAUAAAUUCGAAGAAAUGAAAAAAUAAGGAUUUGUCUUCUUUAAGGAAGAAGGAUUUCGUCGAAGCACUUGGCUUCUUCUGUUUUCUUCUUCUUCCUUAUUCCGUGCGAACGACUUGGGAGGAUCGACUCGGACAAAUAGACGUGUUCUCGCUGAGAGUUAUCCGUUGUAUUGGGGAGAGAAAGAGAGAGAGAGAGAAAAAGUCUUCGAUCCGGAGAAGUAAGCAAUGGAGCGUUUUUUUGCGAGAGCACGUUAGAGCGAACGAGAAAGAGAGAAGAAGAGAGAAAAUAUCAUUUUCUCGAGAAUGGAGUUUCAUGGUGGCGUCGGUAGGGUAUCCAUAAAUCCCUCGUAUCAUCGUCGUCAUCGUCAUCUUCUUGGAUUCGCGAAAAAAGAAGAUUCUGAUCGCGAGGUGGCCGAGUCAAAUUAAGAUGCGAGAAUUGAACGCCAGUGCAUGCACUGCUUUGUACGAGGGCGUCGAGUGGUCCGGCCCAUGGAUCCUAUUCACCCUGAUCACUCUGGCUAUCGUCAACGUGAUGGUCGUGCUCGGUAACGUCCUCGUUAUACUCGCCGUCUAUUACACGAGCAAGCUCAGAAACGUGACGAACAUGUUCAUUGUCAGUCUUGCUGUGGCUGAUCUCUUGGUCGGACUCGCUGUUCUUCCAUUCAGUGCCACUUGGGAAGUCUUCAAGGUCUGGAUAUUCGGUGAUCUAUGGUGUUCGGUUUGGCUAGCCGUCGACGUUUGGAUGUGCACCGCGUCGAUACUGAACCUUUGUGCAAUCAGUCUCGACAGAUAUCUGGCGGUGACCAGACCCGUCAGUUAUCCCCAGUUAAUGUCUCCGAAACGAGCAAGGCUUCUGGUCGCCACAGUCUGGAUUCUGAGCUUCGUCAUCUGUUUUCCACCCCUGGUCGGUUGGAAAGAUAAACGGUCUCAUCCUACGCACAACGUGACGUUUACGCAGAACGGCCCCUUCAACACUACCACCAUUAUAGUGCCAGUGAAACCGUGUCCGUGGAUCUGCGAGUUGACCAAUGACGCCGGAUAUGUCGUUUACAGCGCUCUAGGCUCCUUCUACAUACCGAUGUUAGUAAUGCUCUUUUUCUAUUGGAGAAUCUACAAUGCAGCCGUUUCCACAACGAAAGCCAUCAAUCAGGGCUUUCGUACCACCAAGGGUUCCAAAAUGUUUGGAUCCAGAUUCGACGAACAGAGAUUAACACUGAGGAUACAUCGAGGACGCGGAAGCGUUCACAACGGUAGUAACAACGGUAGUCCAAGAAGCCCGGAUUAUUCCACUCGCAGUUCCGUCAGAAAGGAAAAGAUCAAGAUCUCGGUAUCGUAUCCGAGUACAGAAACAUUAAACACAAAGUGCAACACUCUCGAGAGGACUCCUUCGAGGUGUUCUCAAGUUUCCGUGCAUUAUAGUAACGGACAAACGCAGACUCAGCUCUGUCCGAGUUCUAGGAGUACGCAUUUGAAGGUCGGCGGUAUAAACAGAGUAGGCAGUAUGAGGAGACCCAGCAGAAGGAGUAGCUGCGAGAGUCAGUUGACGGGUGACGAGGUAACGCUUCGAGAACUAGCUCAGGGCCAAGAGGAGAAGCCUAGGAUGAUGAAGAUGGGUAAACGAAAUAUAAAGGCACAGCACGAAAAAUGUGAGGUUGAAAAAAGCGAAAAGGAAAGACGUCUGUCACAGGUGAAGAGAUUUCGAAUGGAGACAAAAGCGGCAAAGACCUUGGGUAUCAUAGUCGGUGGCUUCAUACUCUGCUGGCUGCCAUUCUUCACGAUGUAUCUCCUACGUGCGUUCUGCCCGAAUUGCAUCCACCCAACCGUCUUCAGCGUACUAUUUUGGCUAGGAUAUUGCAACUCCGCGAUAAAUCCUUGCAUCUACGCGCUCUUCAGCAAGGACUUUCGCUCGGCCUUCAAGCGAAUAAUCUGCAGGUGUUUCUGCAAACGGCGAGCCAACACGUUACGGCGCGGUAGCGACGGCAGCCAAUUGGCGAUGAGGUGGGAGGAACAAAGUUACAAGAAGCGAGAGAAGUCCAAGUUAUACAAUGCGUGUGCAGCAGCAGGGCGUUUCCAUGGACGACUCCGACCAGGAUCCCGGAUCAGAACCGACUGUACAUUCGACGAGCGAGUCCAGAUGACUCUAGCCAGUCGGAGCUGGUGCGCACCGCGUCACCUUUGACCGCAGAACUUCGACGAUCAGGAUACAUUCGUCCUAUAGAGCCUGAGACCCUUCUCUUUCUCUUUCUCUCUCUCUCUCUCUCUCUCUCUCUCUCUCUCUCUAUCUCUCUUUCUCUCUCUUUCUUUCUAUCUCUAUCGCUAUCAUUAUUUCUCAAUUUUUCUUUCAUUCUGUCUUUCUCUCUCUCUCUCUCUCUCUCUCUUUGUCCCAAAAAAUGGAUUCGUUUAAACGGAAAUUUAAACGAUGCGAAGACAACGACGAUUGUGGAUAAGAUAGCAACAGAAAUAAUGCGAUAAUAAUCGACUAUUGAAUACAACGCGCGCGCAUACGAGUAAUUGCACGAGAGGGUUGAAUAUCACGAGAAAGAGGGAGAGAAGAAGUAGUAGAAGGAGAAGGAGUUGGAGGAGACGGGGAAGUGGUGUCCUAAAACACGCGUUUACUUUAGAUGUCGUAAGUAUUAUUAUAAAUGAUUAUUAUAUCGUCAUCGUAAGUUCUCGAAUCGUAAAGAAGGAGGCAUUCUAUGGAGACAUUGAUAGGUAUAUUAACCGCACAUACACGUGUUGUACAUAUCACAAAAGAUUUCGUGUAUACACGGUGAGAUAAUGUUAAGUAAGAUUAAGUCAAAAGUCGACAGUCGUUAACCUUCUCUACGUCUAAAUGGUGUUCGUUGAAUCGUGCAAAUCGUGUGUUCUCCUCCAGCCGAUAUAUAUAUAUAUACAUGCAUACGUACAUACAUACAUACAUACAUACAUGCAUACACGCAUCAUGCAUACAUGCAUACAUACAAAACUUACCUUUUCUUUUCUUUUUCUUUUCUCGUCCAAAACGUUGGAACGUUUUUCGCAUCGAUAGAUAUUUCUUUCUUGCGAAGAAAAAGCGAAAGAAAGAAGGAAGAAUAAAAGAAAGUCCUCACGCUUAAGAGCAAAAUACACUUGCAAUUCCUUUCGACCGAUUGCGUAUUAUGCAAAGGGAAAAGAAAAGCAGGUAGAAAAGUUAGCAGCGAAUAUAAUAUGCGCGAUUAAUGUAUUAUGUGAUAUACCGUAUGAAUAACGUUACGAACGAUUGCAAGUAAACAAUGUGAAUACGUGCGAAUAAAGUUCCGAGUCCAUUGAUCUUUUACCAUUA